GUAAGUCAAUAGAAACGCGCCCCAGCAUCAAGACCAUCGUCGACCCCAUCACCAGCAUCACCAGCAUCGCCAGCAUCAUCAGCAUCCUCAACUUCAACUGCCUCGUCAAAUUCCCGCUGGCUAUUCCCCUGCUUUCUGCUUGCCAGUUUCACCAUCCCAAUCUCCCCCAAAAUUCCCCCAUAUCGUGCCCUCAUCUAGCCGCCUCAUCCCUCGAUACCCCCCAUCCAUCAAUCUUAUCUAUAUCUUCCCCUUCCCAUGAUCCUUAUAUAUCUCCCACCCUGAUCGCGCAGUGGUAUUUCUGGAUGCGAUGGCCUGGUCCAUGCGAGAGAUUCCCGGGCGUUUUUCUUCCUGUCUCCCUGCUGUAUCCGCGACUCGCGAUCGGCAUGGCCUGAAAAACAUCUCAACGCGUCUAACAAGCCAAUAUCCAGUUUGCUUACACGACUGUUUUCUCCUGUAGAAUCUUAUAGGAUCCAAAUCCUC